CAUGCAGGGGCUCAUUACGUUGCCCGCAACACAGCAUCGUCAGUGAAGAUUUUGCCUUUGCAGCAGUGAGAAGAUGAGCAUGCUCAUGUCUUUCCCGCACGGUCUCGCCAUGCCGGCACAGGCCCAUCCAAGCUGGUGCAGGAGCCGGGCUGCGGCGAGAGCUGGGAGAUGGGCCUGCAAGUCCACCGCGACAGCUCAUUUCGACAACGCGGUGACGGGGAUGCGGCCGCAAGAGCAGGCGGAGGCGGAGGUGGCGCGGACUCUGAACCUGAGCGGGUGGGUGGAGAAACAGGUUCUGCCGCUGCUCACCCCGGUGGAGGACGCGUGGCAGCCCAGCGACCUGCUCCCCUGCUUCUCCCUCACUUCAGCUGGCCGCUCCGCCGAGCAGCAGCCGCCGCCGUCGAUGAUGAUGAUGACGACGGAAGAGCUCCAGGACCAAGCCUCCGGCGUGCCGGACGACGUGCUGGUGUGCCUGGUGGGCAACAUGGUAACGGAGGAGGCGCUGCCGACGUACAUGUGCGUGGGAAACCGGGUGGCGGGCUGCAGCGACGACACGGGCUGCAGCGACCUGCCCUGGGCGCGCUGGAUCCGCGGAUGGACGGCCGAGGAGAACCGCCACGGCGAUCUCCUCAACCGCUACCUCUACCUCUCCGGCCGUGUCGACACGCGCCAGGUCGAGCGGACCGUCCACCACCUCCUCCGCAACGGCAUGCAGAUGCUCAGGCCGUCCAGCCCCUACCACAACAUCGUCUACGGUUCCUUCCAGGAGCGUGCCACCUUCAUCUCCCAUACCCACACCGCCAAGCACGCCGCGCGCCACGGCGACCGCUGCCUCGCCAAGAUCUGCGGCGUCGUGGCCGCCGACGAGAAGCGCCAUGAGACGGCCUACACCAAGGCGGCCGCCAAGUUGUUCGAGCUCGACCCGGACGGGAUGGUGCGGGCGCUGGCCGCCGUCCUGCGGGACAAAAUCACCAUGCCUGGCCAGCUCAUGACCGAUGGCCGCGACGCUGACCUGUUCGAGCACUUCUCGGCGGUCGCACAGCGCACCGGGGUGUACACGGCAAGGGACUACGGCGACAUGGUGGAGCACUUCGUGCGGAGGUGGAGGGUGGCGGACCUCGCCGGGGGGCAGCUGUCCGGCGAGGGGCGGCGCGCGCAGGAGUACGUGUGCGGGCUGCCGCGAAAGAUCCGGCGGGUGGAGGAGCUGGCCCACGACCGCGCAAUCAAAGCCGCGAAAGAGCCCGAGUUCGCAAGGUUCAGCUGGGUCUUCGACAGGUCUGUCUGCAUCAGAGCCUGAUCCAACCGUCCAUCUACUAAAUUUCACCCCUAAAAAUAUCUACUCCAAGGCCAUGAAUAAGAAGCAGCAGUAUCAUGAUCGUCGUCACAAUCAGUCUAGAGUACUCUGUUCUGUUGCAUAAUAAGUACUCCCUCUGUAAACUAAUAUUCUAAACGCUCUUAUAUUAGUUUACAGAGGGAGUACUCCUGUAGUACUAUUGAUUGGAGUUGAGUCAUUGAGUCGAGCUGGUUAAUUAGCUGCAACCUAUGCAAAAUGUGUGUGUUUGUUUCUGGAAGCUUGUGCUAGUCUGGUAUUGCCAAGUUUAUGCAGUACGUACGUGUACUCUAUAUGAUUCUGUGUGAAGUGAUGAUAAUGUAUGUUUUUUUAAGCAAAAGUGAUGAUAAUGUAUGUGUGAGGCAGUGUGUGCAUUUCUCUUU